UGCUCAUCUACAUGACUGUACAUAGUUUUUGAGCCAGAUUGAAGUCAUGGAAGACAUAGACGAAGAGAUUGAGUAUAACUUCACCCCUAGUCAGUUUGUCAAAGACUUUCCCACAAAAACUGCUUGUUCAACAUAUAUGGAACAAUUUAAGGAAGGCACAAAGCUUGCAAGGGAUCUUUUUGACAACACAUUAGACAUUCAAUAUGACUCUCAAAGUGAAUGUAAACUUGAUUUGUACAGAUGUAAAGAUACAGCAGACAGUGCUCCUGUCUUCAUUUUCAUCCAUGGUGGCUAUUGGCAAAUGUGCAGCAAAGAUGAUCAUGGAAUUGUUGUGUUUCCUGUAAUGGAAGCUAAUGCAAAUGCUGCUGUUGUUGACUACCAGUUGGCACCACACGCAUCUUUGGAUGACAUUCUUUCUCAAAUAUGCAGUUCAAUAGAAUUUAUCAGUAAAAAAUUUCUGAACUCCAAGUUGUAUUUGUGUGGCCACUCUGCAGGAGCGCAACUAGCAGCAAUGAUCUUAACCUUGUCACACUGKCAGGAUACAAAUCUAUCUAAGCACAUCUCAGGCAUGCUGCUUCUUUCUGGUGUUUUUGACCUUAUCCCACUUCUCAAAACAAGUGUGAAUAUACCAUUAAAAAUGGACAAGGAUGUUGCUACAAGAAACAGUCCUUUACUUUUGUUAAGAGAACAAAAGCCAGCAUUCAUUUGUCCAGUGGUUGUGGUUAAUGCUGAGCUUGAUCCACCAAGGUUUAAGGAACAGUCUCAGAACUUUUGCAAGGUUCUUGAGAAUCAUGGGAUAGCUACUAAAUAUUUGGAUAUUCCUAACACUGACCACUUUUCUUUAAUUACAAAGUUACAAACCAAUACUAAAUACCACCUAAGUCAGGAAAUCAUUGCAAUGAUAAUGGAAUAGUGCUUACAGUAAUGCAACAAGUGAUUAAUAUUGCUCAACAAUCAACCCAAACUCAAGAAUUUAUGUCCACUAGUAAAACUGUACUGUAAUGUAGUAAAACAACAAGAAUAAUGUAAUGCAAAGAUGAACACACUUACUGAUUAUUAUCAUAUGGYGACAGGGCCAUACAAACCAGUAUCUUUCCGGCUUGAAGUUUUCAUCAAAUGGCUUAAAAAACGCUGUCAUAUGAUAAAAUGCUUAUUGACUGAGUUAGAUCGGGCUGUACAGGAAAAUAUUUGACUCACAGUCAUAUGUACGGACCUCGCUGCACUCGUUCCGUACGGCAUAACCUYGAGCCAAAUAUUUUCCCRUACGGCCCUCYCACUCAGUCAAUACGUACAUAAUACUAAUACAGGUAGUUAACAACUUACAAAAUUCCAACUGAAAACUUAUUCAGACACAUUCACAACUCUUGUUUAAUAAUAUAGUCUUUUUACAUUGUAAAUAAUGGGUAAAUUGCACAAAUGAAUGAGAAGAAAUAGGUCUAUCUAUGUAUUGAUAAAAUAACUACAAAUAAAAAAAGUGUACAAAAGUUAUUCCAAUGGGUGAUAUCAAUAAAUAUAAAACAUGCUAUAGAGAGCACAGGUCCAGCACACAAACCUAAAAUUGAACAAAAUUUGAAGUGAACAAGGAUGCUAUUAAAAGAAAGGGUUACUAGUAUCGACUUAAGUCUUUGUAACAUUUUUUGUAUAAUACCAGUGUAGGGCACUAUUUUUACCAUGUUCUGAAAUGUUAAGACCAUGUCAAACAAUAUACUCACCAGACUACUGGAAAAGCAUGCAGCUAGUUUGUCUCCUUUGGAAUUCCAYUGAACAUCAUAAACAACUCCAUCACCUUGAAAUGUAUGAGCCAGAUUACCAGUCUGUAAGACAAAUACAUGUCAAAUAAGUGGCUUCUUUGAUUUGGUGAUAAUGUUAUGGAUCUAUGAAAUGGRUUGCCYUAUGCAUGUUCCAGAACUUUACAGUAUUAYCAUCAGUAUGAUACAAUUUGAGUAUUUUCAGAAAGUUCUUUCAUUUCUACUAAAUUAUUACACAUGCYCUGCUAUGCAGGGGACGUGGAGUAAAAUGCUGUUUCUUUCUUGAAACAACUGUAUAUCUGCCUAGUAAUAUAUCUGAUAUUUGAUAUUUACAUCAACAAAACAAAGCAAUUCAUCACUGACAUUAGUUUUCCGGCAAAUCCGGGAGAGAUGACGUCCCUGAUGAAAGUUUACAUUCAACUAAAAUCUGCCACUUAUUACUCAUUACUCCUCAAGGUUAUGAUGAGUUAUGAUGACGAGAUCUCAAAUAUAUGGAUCAGCACGCUUACUACUUGUGAGGCAUCGGCAAUGGCAGACCAGUUAGUUGAAUGCAAACCCUUCCAGUUGUAUAUCAAGUGUAUCAUACUAGGUAAUUUUAAUAUGUAUUUCUCUAUUUUCUUGUUUAUUACUACGAUUGAAUAUCAAUAAAACUCUUUAGAAAUCCU